GAUUAGCAUAGGCUCCAAGCCUUCUAUCUUUAACCAAUAAAUUUGAAUCUAAGCCCUUGGUUCGAGGUCGAAUCCCAUUGCGGCUAUUUUAAAUACCAUGCGGAGAGUGUGGAAUUAAUAUCUCCAAAUAUGGCAGUAACACUUCAUACGGAUCUGGGCGAUUUGAAGGCCGAGCUAUUUUGUAUGCAAGCACCCUUGGCUUCUGAGAAUUUCUUAGCCUUAUGUGCUUCGGAUUAUUAUAAAGGGUGUAUAUUUCAUCGUAAUAUCAAGGGAUUUAUAGUACAAACUGGAGAUCCAACUGGAACAGGCAAAAAUGGUCAAAGUAUAUGGAAAAAGAAAUUUAAAGAUGAAUUUCAUGAUUCUCUGAGGCAUAAUGCUCGAGGGAUAAUAUCGAUGGCCAACAAUGGUCCAGAUUCAAACGGAUCUCAAUUCUUUAUUACCUACAGCAAACAAACUAUGUUAGAUAUGAAAUAUUCAAUUUUCGGCAAGGUUAUUGAUGGAUGGAAUGUUUUGGAUGAGUUGGAACGUGCACCUGUUGAAGAAAAGACUUACAAACCUUUAACAGAUAUUCAUAUACAAAAUAUUACAAUUCAUGCUAAUCCGUUUGCAGAAUAAAUUGUCGCCGAAACUGCAUUAGAAUGUUUAAAAUGAAAUAUUAUGUAUAUAUAUACCCUAUGAAAUAUAAAAUAA